AUGGGCGACGCGCAGGCUCCCGGAGGCUACUUCGUCGGCCGUCCGGCCAACUACGAGGAGAAACCGCAAGAUGCUGCCGAUGCACAGAACAGAGGGAGCACUCCUCCUGGGGACUACUACGUUGGCCACCCAGUCACGUACACGGCGCCGGGAACGAAACAAGCACUGCAGGUCGCCGCCGGCGGUGAGCAAACCCCAGUGAGCACCCAAACUCCUGGAGCAACGCACAAUUACAAUUACUACGUGGGUCACCCGGUGAGCCCUGAGAAGACGCUACAACCAGCACAGCCAGAGCCAGCUCCGUCUCCGCCGCCUGCUGACAGAAAGAGACCAAGCUUGCUGGCCAGAUGGUAA